AAGUUACUAAAUAGGGACGUGUUAACUGGUGGUAACCAUGGUAACUAGAAAAUUGAGAGGAUACUUAUCUGCGUAAAUAUAGAUUGCUGGUGUUUUGGUCAUUUUAUUUGUACAACAUUUUACUGAUUGCUGCACAAGUAACAUGUCAGCGGUAUACCCAACUCUACCGAAAUUGGCAGUGAGAGACAGCAUCGAUGACGACGAUCUCACCGACAUCGACGAUGAGGUGUUCAUCAGGGACGGGAGGAACGGAUUGAAGUUGGACGACGACGGCGGAGUUAAGCGGCCUCUCAUGGCGCCUCGUAGGAAAUGCAAAAAAUCCUGCAGCUUCCAGACUCACAAGUUCCCAUAUAGAGCCCUUCUCGUGCCACUGUGCUACGGGAUCGCGGCACUAGCUGUGGUGUUAGGCUUAAUCGUACUUUGUAUAUUCACUGUAAAUAUAUUUCCAAUGCCGUUGACUAUACUGAAAAACUGGCUGUCGCAUGAGCUGAAGGACUCGGUAAACAAGUCGUCGGAGGUCGUUCCAUGCACGUCGCUCGCCUCAAAGGUGCUGUGGACCAGAACAUUGCCGAAAUUAACUUCCGAAGCUCCUCUCAGGAGCAACGACGUUAAUUCGGAUGGGGUCGAGGACAUCAUUGUGGGAUUCAGUACAGGCUUGGACACGAUGGACGCCCCGGAAUACAUAUGCACCAUAUACUUUGGCAGUCAGACGCCCUGUCUGGGCGGCGUGCUGGCGCUGAACGGUAAAACGGGCGACACCAUCUGGACACACUGGACGGCCCACGCGGUCUUCUCCGUCGACUGCAACGAGGACUUGACGAACGACAGGAUCAAGGAUUGCGUGAUAUCUGGGCGCGGUGGGAUACUGCAAGCCGUCUACGGCCACAAUGGUUCCAGCAUAUGGGAAAUACCGAUUCAGAACCCAACCUCGGAGCAGCGAAGGCUCUUGGACGUCUACGACGCGAGAUUCAUGCCGGACGUCGACGGGGACGGCGUCAGCGACGUAAUAGCCGCGUACGCCGUGCAGUCGAACGAUGUCCGAGAGAGCAAAGUGCUCGUGAUAUCGGGGCAGCACGGAGACGUCAUACGCAGCGUCAGUCUACCAUACUCGGAGCAGCUGUUCAUAGCGCCACAAAUUAUGGUGCACCCUGACGGGGAGAAUAUAUUUAUUCUAGCGACGAGUAGUCAGCAAGAGGCCGGGGGGUUGUACAUCGUCUCCCAAGCCAACAUAUUUUACGGCGAUCUGCAAUUGCGAAAGCUCUAUCACAACACGGGGAAAGGCGCGCUCCUACCGCCGAUUCUGCUCGACAUCACGUCAGACGGGAUCGAAGACAUCGUCGCGGCGAUGUUCAACUCGACGAUCGUCGCGUACGAUGGGUCGACGUUCGAGCCCAUCUGGAACUACACGGUCCCGAACUCGGAAAUAAUUAGCAUUCCCGUUCCCGGCUACUACAACGACGACGACGUACCGGACUUCCUGGUGAAGUAUCAGAUAGGCGCCGGCUUUCCGACGUACUACUACACCGUAGCCACGGUCGUGGACGGUCGCAACGGGCAGCCGUUGCUCGAGAGGCCGAUGGAGGACAGCUCGAGCAGGCAGAUGUCCGGGUUGUCGGUCACGGUGGACGGUUUCGGCAACGACUGGUUCCUCCACUGGUCCGCCGACUGCUUGAACUACGAGGGGGUGAAGGAGAAGUAUCAGUUCCUGAAGGGCCAGAGCCUCGUGUCGCAAACGCGCGCGGACCUCUGCAGGCUGCGAUUCAACUCGACGCUCACGACGAGACUGCUGGCUCUGAGCCAGCACGUCGGCCCGCCCGGAGUGUCGUUGUACUUCUCGGAGGACUGGAGGGCGGUGGAGUUCAACAAUUCGAUCGACCCGCGAAAGGAAGCGGAGAAGUAUCUCGACGCCCACCCGCGCUUCGAGAUCGUGGACACGUACGCGGACAUGCCGCUCGUGUCCGAGAGGUCGCCGCGCGUCCAGAAAAAUCAUCGGACGGACAGCGUGUUCAAGCACAAGGGCAACAAUAUUCUCGCGGACGUCGGGAAAUACGACUCGGACGCGGUAUAUGAUAACUUUGACGAGUUCAAGAGUCACAAGAAGAGUCACAACCCCGAGGACGAUGCCGUGGACGUGGUGGACCCGGCCUGGAAGCACGACAAUAAGUGGGCGAGCGAUAACGUUCAGUCGGAGAAGGAAUACGAUGGCCUAUACGGAAGCGAGGACGGUAAUACCGAGGAUGGAGAACAGAAUGAUUACGCGCAGGCUGAGGCGCGCGAACGCAGAAGUGCCGGCGAAGCUAGGGCUUCCUAUCCGACCGGAUCUUCUCGCGGGGACGCCCAAACGUCCAAAACAGUUGGUCAUUCAUUUUUCACGUCGUCCGAGCCGACGCGACGUAAUUUGCAGCCGAAUAAGAAUAUUACUAUUGCAAACGGAUGGAGAGAAAUUGAUGAAAAUGGCACGGUAAGUACAGCUGAUACGAACGUGUCGGCGGCAUCGACUCUCAAGUUCCCGGGAGAGAUCACGCCAACCUUAUCGAGCGAAUGGAACAUGGAAAAAAAUACCACGAUGCAGAGUACGUCGGAUGCGUCUGAACGCACCGAAGUGUUAGGCGUUACGGAAAACCAAAUAAUUAACGGCCGUCAAGAUACAGUCACCAGUGCCGAUGAACCCGUAGGUGUGACGCAGCGGAGACAGAUGUACAAGCACAGCUUUCCCAACAUCGUCCAAGACGCGGAGGACGAUGCCAGUAUAGAAAAAGUGUUCAAGCGAGAAUCGUUGAAAAAUCAGGACAAGGGCAGGAUCAGCAAGAAGAAGCAGACGUUGAUGUCGUCAUCGACAAUAGAGAAAAACUCUAGGACACGGCAGAAGCGGAGGAUAAAACGGAAGUCUGAAACUGGCGGUCGGUCGAGCGACAUCAGCGGCAUUCAGACGCAACCACCGACUGGUAUCCUGUUACCGUCUAUCGCCGAGUCGAAGGACAAGACCGCGAUAGACUUGGUGUUCUCGACGUUCUGGCUACCAUCGUCCGAGGUAUCUCUCGUCUUGUCGCAGACGGAUCUCGAGUGUAUUCAGAGAAAGAAGGCUGCGUCGGAAAAUAAAGCCCGGUAUAAAAAGGACGACGAUAUUAUCAGCGAGUGCUUGUCCGAGCGGGGUGUCAAUUACAGGCUGUACCAGGAAUCAAUGGACAGGGAAAAUACUAAGAUCGCACUUGGUCAAAUGACAAUAUACAGAAUGAAGCUGGAAUGCGUGUGUCCCGAGGACAUGUUACCUAAUCAAACUUGCAGGAAUAUUGCACUGCAGCAGAGUUGGCCGGAGCAUUUGGGCUCCUCUGGAAACGGCUAUUUUAAGCCGUUGCACAGAUUAAAUAUCUGAAGGAAUUAAGAGAUCGUAUCCAACCACCAUAAAUUAUUCAGACAAUUUUUUCCCUAACGCUCUAAUAAAAAUGUUAAUGAUUAAUGAAAUUAAAAAAGUUAUAUCAAAUAGCUUUAUGUACUGUUUGUAAAACUAUACAAUAACGAUCGUAAUUAAAACGAAUUGUUAUAUAAAGGUAAUUUAUAUUAAUAUUUAUAUAUGCAUAUUUCUUCGCGUGAUAGACGUGAAAGGAUACAAAUAUGUAUGUAUCUGUAUAUAUAAGAGAGCAUCGUUGUUUGUAUAUUUUCAACGACUUUUAAAUUUUUAUUCACCUAAUUUUUCUUCAAUUGUAAUCUCUAUAUAAGCAUAGACAUAGGAAAUUCCUGAUAUUUCCUAUGUCUAUGUAUAUAAGAGAAUUUGCAUAAUUACAUAUCUGCUAAUAAUUUGUUAAUAAUAAAAUAGCCUGAAUAUAGUCAUAAA